AUGAUGGACACCUCUACGCCACCCGCAACGAAGCGCACCAAACGCUGCGACGACAGCAACACGGAGCUAGUCUCAAUUAAUGGAUGUUUUUUCAGCGAUGACUUUCGCGAACGUUUUAAAGUGGCCUGGCAGGGCAGGGAAAGCAUUACCGGUCACAAUUACCAGUUGAAACAGGACCCCUUCCAGCUGGCCGUUUUUCAGCACUUUCUCCAGGAGGAUGUUAGCCGUGCGAAUGCCACAAAACGGCUCGAGGCGGAAUUCAGUACGGUCGAUUGGAAACGGAAGCAGAUGGAUCUGUAUGAGUUUUACCAGACCAACGAUUUGUGCAGCCUCGAGCGGGAUUACCUGCAGGCAUUUUACACGGUGCUGAAGGAGCAGAUGAUGCCACUGGUGGAGGAGCUAACCGGGAUAAAGCUGACGCACGUGUCGGCUUCCUGCUCGAUGUACAAUGCAGGCGAUUAUUUGCUAGUACACGAUGAUUUACUCUCCGAUCGACGGAUAGCGUAUGUGUUCUACCUCAGUCCGUGGGAUUGCCAUAGGCAGUGGCGCGAAAAGGAUGGCGGUGCAUUGGAGCUGUUCAAAGCGGAUGGAAAUCAGCUGCCCGUUUUCCCAGUAACGGAUAAGAUAUACCCGCAAAACAAUCAGCUGGUACUGUUUCGGGUGUGCGAAAAAUCCUUCCACCAAGUGGGUGAAGUGACAACCUUCGACUACCCACGGUUAACCAUCAACGGAUGGUUUCACGGACCAGCACCCGCCGGGAAAGGAAAUGGUGCCAAUGUUUCGCGCACACCUUCCAUCAUUGUCGAUACACACUACAUCAGUCCGCGAAAGAUCGAAAUCGAUCUUGCCGAGUGGAUCAAUGACGUUUACCUGGUCGAUGAGGUAAAACAGAACGUGCAGAAAAAGGUGGAAAUGUUUUCGGAAGUUUCAUUGGAACAGUUUCUGCUACUGCCCCGAUUUGCGGCACUGCUGGAAACACUUGCCGACGAACCAAACCUGGAGUGGAAAAUCAAAGGACCGGCACAUUUGCGAAAGUACGAAGUGCUGAACUUCAAAUCCCUACCCGAAGCUAGUCCGCUCGGAGCGAUGUACGAUUUGUUCACGAGCAAAACGAUGUUUCGCCUGCUGUACGAUUAUACCGAACUGGAUCUGUACGGUAAAAAGGCGAGAGCGCCCAAAUGUGCCAUCGAGCUGCAACGUUGGGAGCGUGGCUGCUACACGGUGCUUGGCGAUUCGUCCACGUACGCUGACAGCACGCUGGAUCUAACCUUUUACCUGAACGCGCAGGAAAAUGUCGGUGUGAUCACAUAUCUUGUGCCGGAGGGUGAUCAACAGCAACAAGGAUCGGGCACCACCAACCGGCACGAUGAUCAACCAUCAUCGUCAUCAGGAUCGUCGGCGUACGCGGAAUGUUACGACGAGGACCCGGUACUGUUAACGCUGCUCCCGAAGGACAACGUGUUGAACGUGGUGUACCGCGCGGAAGGAACGACCAAGUUUACCAAAUACGUCUCGCACAAUACGUAUCUCGAAAAGGCUAACGAUCAUGGUCACGCUUAUACGUACAUACUGGUGUGUAGCUACAAGGAGUAG